CAGAGCACCCGGAGCCGCUCUCCUCCCGACGGGACAGUCGCACUGCAGCAAGCCGAGCGGAGCUGAAGGAAAAUACUUUUUUUACAGCCGAGAAGUCAGUCGGACCCGCAUCAGCUGCUGAGAUGCUGCUGAGAAGAAGCCGACAUGUGCAAAUACUUCCACUUCUCAUUGCAGUCUGCCGCCUCUCUCUGGCCUUCCCCAAACCAACUCCAUCAGGAUUUGAUGAUACAUGGCAGCUCCAGGUGAACAUCCCUCACUCAGGACCUGUUUCCGCUUCACUGGGCAGCUCCAUCUCCAUCCCUUGCUUGGUGUCUCUGUCCUCCUCCUCCCCUGCUGCACCGCGGGUCAAGUGGACCGUGGUGUCCGGUGGUGUGGAGACGCAGAUCUUGGUGGCGAGGGGUCAAAGAGUAAAGGUCAACGAGGCAUACCGAGACCGCGCUGCCUGGCUCAACUACACCUCCUCCCCCGAGGAUCUGUCGCUGUGGUUGGGAGAUUUACGCUCCAGUGACUCGGGCCACUAUCGCUGUGAGGUGCAGCAAGGCCUGGAGGACUCCAGCGAUCUCGUACAACUCAAGGUCAAAGGUGUCGUAUUCCACUACAGGGAUGCUUUGGGUCGCUACGUGUUUUCCUUCCAUCAGGCGCAGAGGGCUUGUGAGACCAUCGGGGCACAAAUCACGACUCCUGACCAGCUGCUCGCGGCUUAUUAUGACGGCUACGAGCAGUGUGAUGCGGGCUGGCUGGCAGACCAGUCUGUCAGGUACCCAAUCCAAGUGCCCCGUGAAGGUUGUUAUGGAGACAUGGAUGGCCAACCAGGCGUGAGAAACUACGGGACAAUGGAUCCGGAUGAUCUCUUUGAUGCUUACUGUUAUGUGGAGGAAACUGAGGGGGAGGUGUUUCAUGACUCCAUCCCACAGCAGUUGUCAUUUGAUGAAGCACAGUCACACUGCAGAGCAGCAGGAGCAGAGUUGGCUACAACAGCCCAGCUGUACUUGGCAUGGAGUGAAGGUCUGGAUCAUUGCAGCCCAGGCUGGCUGUCUGAUGGCAGUGUACGCUACCCCAUCAUGACCCCUAGAGAGCGUUGCGGAGGGCCUCAACCAGGCGUCAAAACCCUCUACCGCUUCAGCAACCAAACUGGCUUCCCACAGCCAUCCAGUCUUCAUGACGUGUAUUGCUUCAGACAUGAUACAAAUACUCCCACCGACUCUCCCAUGGACAAUAUGGCCACAGAGCCUGAGGACAUUGGACAAGAUGUUAUUGUUCUUGUGGAAACAGAUGAAGAGCUGCAACUAAACCAACAUGUAGAACAAGUGGAGCUCAAAGCUGAAAGGGUGCUGGAAUCAUUUCCCUUUUUCUCUCCUACGGAUAACCUGGUUGACAUGCACCCAACAGUUGUAUCAGACUCAUCAGCAUCCCAUCUCAACAGCACACCUACAUUGGACCUUCUCCAGGCAUUGAAUGAAACUUCAUCUCCUACACAAAUGAACUCUCAGCAUCCUACAGCGCUGAUGAACUCCACUUUUAGCGCCACAGAAAUCGACAAUUCAACCCAAAACACAUCAUUACUGUCCAGUUUUAACAAUGAGACAGAUUCCAACCACAACUUGAACUUAACCUUUCAACAAUCUGAGCCUGAAAGCACUACAGGGUUUCUCGAAUCAUCAUAUGAACCUCUCACACAUAACCAGACAGUUAUACAGAAUACAUCUGAGGGGCCGAAGGAUGCGCAAGAAAUACAAGAGACCAAUUUGGAUUUUGACAUAUCGCAAGCCAAUUACAGCGAGACAGACAGCAAUCAUACUCAAGAGGAGAGUCUCUGGGAGAUAACCUCGAUGACCCUUGACCCCAUGGUUCAGGUAAAGCAGGAGGAGGAAACAGUAGAAACUCCUGUACAGGUGUUUCUCUCAACUCAGGCCUCAAAACAAGAAGAACGUGUUACACAACCAGCAAAAACUACAAAAUCUACCAUCAUGGAGCUAACCUCAUUGUGGGCCCAUCUGGUUGGGUCUGGAGAUAAUUCUCAAGAGGGUGACCUUGACAUGGAAGCAGUCAGCUUCAUCGACACAUCAGAUUCUUCUACGUCCGGCUUCACCACUCAUGCCUCACUCUCCACUUUGGCGAGCAGAGCUUCAGCUGAGCCCCGGAAAGCACUGCCUGAUUUGACCGUUUCUCCUCGGUCACGCCAUCCUGACAAAGUGGGCUUGGAUAUCUUCUCCACAGCACCACCGUUGUGGGAGUCCUCAAUUUCUAGACAAGAGGGAAGUACAAGCUUAGAAAUUGAAGACACUCUGGAAAGCGAAGAAAAACCGUUGCACCCAACCAAUUCUGACGGCAACCUUGUUUUUGGUGUAGGUUUAGCUACCACUGAGACUCCAGAGGGGUUGAACACCUCUCAGUUGCCUACUGAUUCAUCCACAACACGGUAUCUAACAUCAGGCUACAGAGUGUAUUUGGAUACUAAGACCACUGGGUAUGAAGAGGCAAGUGGAGAUGAACUUGCUACAGUUACUGCAAUCCUUGGAGAAGACAAUACAUUUGCUCCAACCAAUGAAGAGGAUGUUAAGGUUAGCCACAUGUUUGAAGAGGAAAUUACAGUUACCCCAACCCUUAAAGAAAAAAUGACAGUUUCCCCAACUCUUGAAGAGAAAGCUCAAGUUUUCUUUACACGCGAAGAAGACGCAAGCAUUGCCCCAACCUUUGAAGAAGACAUUAAUCUUGCCCCAACCCUUGAAGAAGAAAUUAAUAUUGCCCCAACUCUUGCCAUCGAAGAAGAAACCAAAGUUGCUCCAACAUUUGAAAAAGAAGGUAACGUUUCCCAAGUCCUAAUAGAAGAAGUUAAUGUUGCCCAAACCCUUGAAGAAAACGAUAACGUCACACCAACUGUUGGAGAAGAAGCUAGCAGUGCCUCAAUCCUUAAAGAAGAAUCUAGCAUUGCUCCAAACCUUGAAGGAACAUAUAAUGUUGUACCAAAUGUUGGAGGAGAAGCUAGCAUUGCCCCAAUCCUCGAAGAAGAAGAGCACCUUGCCCCAACCCUUUCCCUUGAAGAAGAAGCUAGCAUUGCCCCAAUCCUCGAAGAAGAAAUGUAUAUUGCCCCAACCUUCGAAGAAGAAACUAGCAUUGCCCCAAUCCUCGAAGAAGAAACAUAUAUUGCCCCAACCUUCGAAGAAGCUAGCAUUGCCCCAAUCCUCGAAGAAGAAACUAGCAUUGCCCCAAUCCUCGAAGAAGAAACGUAUAUUGCCCCAACCUUCGAAGAAGCUAGCAUUGCCCCAAUCCUCAAAGAAGAAAUAUAUAUUGCCCCAACCUUCGAAGAAGCUAGCAUUGCCCCAAUCCUCAAAGAAGAAAUAUAUAUUGCCCCAACCUUCGAAGAAGCUAGCAUUGCCCCAAUCCUCAAAGAAGAAAUAUAUAUUGCCCCAACCCUUUCCCUUGAAGAAGAAGCUAGCAUUGCCCCAAUCCUCGAAGAAGAAACGUAUAUUGCCCCAACCUUCGAAGAAGCUAGCAUUGCCCCAAUCCUCAAAGAAGAAAUAUAUAUUGCCCCAACCCUUUCCCUUGAAGAAGAAGCUAGCAUUGCCCCAAUCCUUGUAGAAAAUGUAAAUGUUGCCCAAACUCUUGGAGAAGAAGACAACGUCACCCCAACCCUCGAAGAAGAAGAAGAGAAUAUCAACCCAAACCUCGAAGAAGAAGACAACGUCACCCCAACCUUUGAGGAGGACUUUACUGUCUUCCCACUCGAUUCCCAAACAUCCAGCUGGGCUCUGCUGACCACCACAACAGGACCUCAAGAGUCUCUGAACAAUCUAGAGUACAGCAUAAAAAACUCCCCUACCACCUCCAACAUAGCUUUAAAGUCCUCCCUGAGUACCAAGCCCACUGCUGCUACCACAAAGACCGCCAUCCGGUCCAACACACACUGGUCCAGACGCAUUUGGAGCCCUACCACCUCAGCACCAGAUGUGUUCCACCAGACGGCUGAGCCCCGGGAGGUGUCAUCCUUCAUACCACCAGUGGGUCAGGGUCGGGUGGAUGUUGAGUUUAGUCGCACCCAGCCGCCCACCCUUCUUAUCUUGCCCAAUGAGAGGGCAGCUGUAGGCGGUACAGGGAAAGCUUCAGAUGCCUGUGUGAACGACCCCUGUCUCAAUGGAGGCACCUGUACUGACCGGCACGGGCAGAUUCAAUGUCUCUGUUUGCCAUCAUAUGGAGGAGACCUCUGUCAGACUGACCUGGAGAGAUGUGAACCCGGCUGGGAUAAGUUCCACGGUUUCUGCUACCGACACUUCGGCCAGCGGCUGAGCUGGGAGGUUGCAGAGCAGCACUGUCGCAUGCUGGGAGCUCAUCUGGUGUCCAUCAUUACCCCAGAGGAACAGAGCUACAUCAACAACAACUACAAAGAAUACCAGUGGACCGGUUUGAAUGAUAAAACCAUUGAGGAUGAUUUCCGCUGGUCUGAUGGAAACCCGAUGAUGUAUGAGAACUGGUACAAAGGGCAGCCAGACAGCUAUUUUCUGUCUGGUGAAGACUGCGUGGUGAUGGUGUGGCACGAUGAAGGACGAUGGAGUGACGUACCCUGCAACUACCACCUUGCAUAUACCUGCAAGAAAGGCACCUCCUCAUGCGGUCCACCGCCCAAGGUCCGAAACGCCUCCAUCUUUGGAAAAGGUCGCCAGAGAUACGAAAUCAAGGCAGUUGUGCGUUAUCACUGCGCCCCGGGUUUCCAGCAGAGAUUCACUCCUCUAAGCAGGUGUCUGUCUGGAGGCAGGUGGGAGAGGCCCCAGGUCCUGUGCAUCCCUGAGGCCGGAGGCCCGACCCAACACCCUGAAGUGACAUCACCGACCAACGGCGAGUCUGCUGCCUUUGAAGACGAGUUUGAAGCCACUAAAGAGACUCCACAGUACUGGGACAUCAAAUUUUAAAAAAGUCUGACGUGCUUUCCUUCCUGGUCUUUCCUCUUACAUUCUGUUGUUUUAACAUGACAUGGUGCCAAGAAUCCGAUGCUUUGACCAAUGAACGCUCAGACAGGACAAUAUGAACCACGACUCAUAUAGAUACCAACUGAAGCUUCCUCUCAGCGAAGAAGCCCAGUGCACUUACAGGCUUUCUUUCCUUCUUAUGGAGUUAAACAUUCCUACUUGUUGAUGUCCUUUAGAAUAUGUUCGGCUGUAUUGUGGUUUAAUGUAGUGCUAACAGAAUGAAAAAGAGGUUAAAGAAGAGAGCUCCAAAUUACUGUCGGCUCCAAGUCUUCAUUCAAAUAGAAAGGUUCUGGUUCUGGUUUUUGUUCUCGAAUCUUUUUUUUAUAAAAAUGGUGCUAAAUGUCUUUAGAAAUCUUUUUCGCCAACAGAAAUGUUUUCCCUGCUUCCUCAAAGAAUCUAACGACUCCAAAGCACAAAGUCAAUUAUAAAGUAGUCAAUACGUAUACUGUACAUAAUUAUAUUCAUUUUCACACCUGUGAUUACUGCUGUCCGCAUUCUCCUCAGAGAAACCUUCUAUUUCCAGCAGUUUUGUUCGUUAGCUUUAUGUUGUAAUAAAGUUUGGUAGAACAGCAAAUAAUAAAUCGUUCUCUUAUUGUACCCUU